UUCCUAUUUUCCGUGCCAGACUCGCCUCGCCUCGUUCAUCGUCACCCGAGUGACUCGGGGGUUUUGGCUGCUCUCGGAGAAGCCAACUCCGAUUGUUCCAGUUUAGUUUCGCACUAAACUUCGGACGGUAUGGAUUUGUAAACGGAAAACCCGGAGUGCACAACGGUGUGUGGAUUAUUGAUAGUUUUUUGCCCCUCAUCCUGCUGUGUGUGGUGGCAGCCCAUUUUCUGCACACAGGAAUCGAUUUGUGCAAGGUGAAACUAAAGAAAUUUUCGGUUGAAAAUUGUGCAAUUUGGUGAAAGUUUUCCGUGGUUUUUUGAUAGAGUGAAAAGAAGUGAAGUGCGAAAAGCGUGAUUAGUUGCGACGACAAAGUGGACCAACUUGUCGAAGAAGCAAAUUUGAAUAACUAAUCUUUUCUACAUUCGGUAAAGGAGUCCUAGCGGGCCUAGGAGGGGCCCUCUCGCCGUCAUGUCGUCCGUAAAGGUGGCGGUCCGAGUGCGACCCUUCAAUUCUCGUGAGAUUACUCGGGAUUCAAAAUGUAUCAUCGAAAUGACCGGAAAUACGACCUGUAUCACGAACCCAAAGGUCCCACCGGGUACUAGCGAAUCGGUCAAACGGUUCAACUACGACUACUCGUACUGGUCACAUGAUCCACGGGAUUCAGACUUUUCGACCCAAGCAAUGGUAUACUCCGAUAUCGGUGAAGAGAUGCUUCAGCAUUCCUUCGAUGGAUACAACGUAUGUAUAUUUGCAUACGGCCAGACAGGUGCUGGAAAGUCCUACACAAUGAUGGGCAAGCAGGAGGAAAAUCAAGAGGGUGUCAUUCCGAUGAUUUGCAAAGACCUAUUCUAUCGGAUACAGGACACAGAAACCGUAGAUCUGAAGUAUUCGGUUGAAGUGUCCUAUAUGGAGAUCUAUUGCGAAAGGGUGCGAGAUUUGUUGAACCCUAAGAAUAAAGGAAACCUGAAAGUGCGUGAACAUCCACUACUCGGGCCGUAUGUAGAGGAUUUGUCGAAAUUAGCUGUGACAUCCUAUGAGGACAUACACGACCUAAUCGACGAAGGCAACAAAGCAAGAACUGUUGCUGCUACCAAUAUGAAUGAAACGAGCUCCCGUUCGCAUGCUGUGUUUACAAUAUUCUUUACACAAAGGCGUCUCGAUAAGAUGACUAGUCUAGAGACGGAAAAGGUCUCCAAAAUCAGUUUGGUCGAUUUGGCCGGCUCCGAGCGGGCGGAUUCGACCGGUGCCAAGGGCACUCGCCUCAAGGAAGGUGCCAACAUCAACAAGAGCUUGACCACCCUAGGCAAGGUCAUUUCCGCUCUUGCUGAAAUGGCUUCCAAGAGCAAGAAAUCCAAAAAGGCCGACUUCAUACCCUACCGUGACUCAGUCUUGACAUGGCUGCUGAGGGAAAAUCUCGGUGGCAACUCGAAAACGGCCAUGAUUGCCGCGAUAUCGCCGGCCGAUAUCAACUACGACGAAACACUGAGCACGCUGAGAUAUGCUGACCGUGCCAAACAGAUUGUCUGCAAGGCCGUCGUCAACGAGGACGCCAAUGCGAAACUUAUCCGCGAACUCAAAGAGGAGAUUCUGAAGCUUCGCGAACUGCUCAAAGCCGAGGGCAUCGAAGUGCAGGAAGGACCGGACGUUAAAGUGGUUUGUGAAAAGCGAGAUGCUAAUAAAGAUGAAUGCAUCAAAGCGGAAAAAGGCGAAAACGGUGUCAGCAACGGACCGACGGAGACGAACGCCGACGGCGACCCGGCUGAAAUGGAGAAAAAGAUCUGCUCACCCAAUCGGUUGCGCAAACGUACCGGUUCCAGCACCGAGAUGGCUGUGGAUCAGCUACAGGCCAGCGAAAAGCUGAUUGCCGAGCUGAACGAAACGUGGGAGGAGAAGCUGAAGCGCACCGAACAGAUCCGUCUGCAGCGGGAAGCCGUGUUUGCCGAGAUGGGUGUUGCCGUCAAGGAGGAUGGCAUUACCGUGGGCGUAUUCUCGCCGAAGAAAUCACCCCACUUGGUAAACUUGAAUGAGGACCCAACGCUGUCGGAGUGUUUGCUGUACUACAUCAAAGAUGGUUUAACACGCCUCGGCACAUCGGAAGCCAAUGUCCCCCAGGACAUACAGCUGUCGGGUUCACACAUCUUAAAGGAGCACUGCGUGUUUGAGAAUAAGGAUGGCGUCGUAACGUUGGUCCCACAUAAGGAUGCAUUGGUCUAUCUGAACGGUAGAAAACUUGUCGAACCGGAAGUUUUGCAAACGGGAUCCCGUGUCAUCUUAGGCAAAAACCAUGUUUUCCGUUUUACUCAUCCGGAACAGGCUCGCGAAAAGCGCGAAAAACCGAAGGACAAGGAUGUUGGCGAAAAUCCGGGAGGCAAUGGCGAAGCGGCCGAUUGGAACUUUGCCCAGUGUGAACUGCUGGAGAAGCAAGGCAUUGACUUGAAGGCAGAAAUGCAAAAGCGUUUGUGCGCACUGGAAGAGCAAUUCAAGCGCGAAAAGCUGGCGGCUGAUCAGGAGUUUGAAGAGCAGCGCAAGACAUACGAAGCACGCAUCAAUGCUCUGCAGAAGCAAGUUGAAGAGCAAUCGAUGACCAUGUCAAUGUACAGCAGCUAUAGUCCGGAGGACUUCCAUCAGGAAGAAGAUAUUUUUGUGAAUCCAUUAUUUGAAUCAUGUUGGACGGCUCGUGAAGCUGGUUUGGCAGCUUGGGCCUUCCGCAAAUGGCGCUACCAUCAGUUUACAUCUCUUCGAGAUGAUCUCUGGGGAAAUGCGAUUUUCUUGAAAGAAGCAAAUGCCAUCUCUGUGGAAUUGAAGAAGAAGGUUCAAUUCCAAUUCACUCUGCUAACCGACACAUUGUACUCACCCCUUCCGCCGGAACUUGCACCGUCUCCGAUUAUCGGCGGAGCUCUCACCAACGGCCAAGAGGAUGAAUUUGGCCAAGCACCCAUUCCGCGCACUAUCGUUGCCGUUGAAGUCACCGACACUAAGAAUGGGGCAACGCACCACUGGAGUUUGGAUAAGCUACGCUAUCGUCUCGAGCUGAUGCGCCAGAUUUACAAUUCCGCUGAAUCGUCACCGGAGAUUUUGCGCUACAAUAUGCUAGAGCAUCCCGGACAGGACACCAUCGGACACAGUGCAAACAAUUACCAACGACAGCAAUCGGCUGCAAUUGCUGCUUUUGUGCCAAAUUGCGACGUUCAUAAUGUGCUAGGGUCAACAACGGACGAUGAUUGUUCCGGGGACUGUUUGACGUCACUGGCGAAUGCUGGCGGCAACAAUGGAUUUCGUAACAGUGGACGGCUUAUGCUGGCGAAUUUAAUGCCCUCUAGGCAACGUUUGGAGUUGAUGCGCGAAAUGUAUCACAACGAGGCUGAACUUAGCCCAACAUCGCCAGACUACAACGUGGAAAGCCUCACCGGAGGAGAUCCAUUCUACGAUCGUUUCCCGUGGUUCCGCAUGGUAGGAAGAUCAUUCGUAUACUUGAGCAACUUGCUCUACCCGGUUCCGUUGGUGCACAAGGUAGCGAUUGUAAACGAACGUGGCGAUGUGCGAGGAUACCUAAGGGUCGCCGUUCAGCCGGUUAUGGAUGAAGAGAAUGCCGAUUUCAACAAUGGUGUGAAACAAUCGGCUCGUAUUGUAUUCGACGAGGAGCAGAACGGCGGGCACAAGAUUCCCAAGAUCCGUACAAUUCACGAUAAGGAUGAAAAGUACAUUGAAGGAUCGAACGAUAUUAUGAAGCUGGAGGAAUUGGAACAGGAGGAUGCCGAUUCGGGUCGCGGUGACUCGAGUGUGGCUUCCGAGUUGCAUGAAUCGAACGAACAGGAACCGGGCGAGCAUCUGCAGCCGGGUAAGGAGUUCACCUUCCGGGUUACGGUUUUACAGGCUACUGGAAUUGCGGCGGAAUAUGCGGAUAUUUUCUGUCAGUUUAACUUUUUGCAUCGCCACGAGGAAGCAUUCUCUACGGAACCGGUCAAGAAUUCAGGCUCUGGAGCACCACUCGGAUUUUAUCAUGUACAGAAUAUUACGGUUCCGGUCACAAAAUCUUUCAUCGAAUACUUGAAGACACAGCCGAUCGUAUUCAAAGUAUUCGGUCACUAUCAGCAUCACCCGUUGCACAAGGACGCUAAACAGGAUUGUCAGAUUACGCGCCCACCUCCGCGACGUAUGCUGCCUCCGAGCAUUCCGAUUAGCCAACCGGUACGCAGUCCGAAGUUCGGUCCGCUGCCGUGUCCCCCUUCGUCAACAGUAUUAGCCAAGCACGACGUGCUGGUCUGGUUUGAAAUUUGCGAGCUGGCUCCGAAUGGUGAAUACGUCCCGGCAGUCGUCGAUCACAGCGAUGACCUACCGUGUCGAGGCCUGUACCUGUUGCAUCAGGGUAUUCAACGCCGAAUAAGGAUAACCAUCGUGCAUGAACCGACGCCGGAAGUAAAGUGGAAAGACAUUCGGGAAUUGGUUGUGGGACGUAUCCGUAAUCAGCCGGAACCGGCGGAUGAACUGGACGAUACGGAUUCUUGCGUUCUGUCGUUGGGACUGUUCCCGGGCGAAGUGUUGGAAGUACCUGGUGAUGAUCGGUCGUUCUUCCGCUUCGAAGCCGCCUGGGAUUCCAGCUUACACAACUCGGCAUUGCUCAACCGUGUCACACAAACCGGCGAACAGAUCUUUAUCACGCUAAGUGCAUAUCUAGAGCUCGAAAACUGCGCCCGUCCGGCCAUCAUCACAAAGGACCUGAGUAUGAUCAUCUACGGCCGAGAUGCCCGCACAGGACCACGCUCGCUCAAGCAUCUUUUCUCGGGCCAGUACCGCAAUCCGGAGGCAAACCGACUGUCCGGCGUAUAUGAACUGUCACUGCGGAGAGCUUCCGAAGCAGGUAGUCCAGGAGUACAAAGACGUCAACGACGCGUGCUGGACACCAGUUCGACCUACGUUCGCGGUGAAGAGAACCUGCACGGCUGGCGUCCACGUGGAGACUCGCUUAUCUUCGAUCAUCAGUGGGAGCUGGAGAAACUGACCCGCCUCGAAGAGGUCGGUCGAGUCAGACACUUGUUGAUGCUCCGCGAGCGGCUCGGCAUGGACACAACGCCGAACCCGACCACCAAAACCGAGAAGGACGUAUGCAAUUUAGCCCAGCGAGCAAGCGCUUCGCCGGUUCACAUGGUCAUUUCACCUUCCCCGCAAACACCGGUUAAAGAUCAGCAAACACCGACCCUGCCCGAACGAGAACUUAACCCACGUGAAACGGAACUGGUUUGGAAGUGUGUCAAACUGGUCCAGGGACGUAUCGGUGCCAGGGGUGACCCGACCGACACCAGCAAUCAGCUUGCGGUGGAUGCCUCGCCGGGUGAUGAAGGUUGUGCUGAUAUGAAUGCCAGCUACAUGUCGGGUAAUUCUAUCGAGCUGUGCUCACCGGAUCGGGUGGAUAUCCCGAAUGGCUGGGAAGCCCCUGCACCGGCUCCGCAAUCGCAGGAAAUAUCACUGAGGCUAUAUGUUCCGGAGUUGGAAGAGAUCCGGGUGAGUCCUGUCGUUGCGCGAAAGGGCUAUUUGAACGUACUGGAACAUGGUGGCUCCGGUUGGAAGAAGCGUUGGGUCACGGUGCGUCGUCCGUACGUGUUUAUCUUCCGCUCCGACAAGGAUCCGGUCGAGCGGGCGGUGUUGAAUCUAGCGACCGCACAAGUCGAAUGCAGCGAGGACCAGGCGGCGAUGGUGAAGGUGCCCAAUACAUUUAGCGUUGUCACAAAGCACCGUGGAUAUUUGCUGCAGACUCUUGGAGAUAAGGAGGUGCACGAUUGGCUGUAUGCCAUCAAUCCACUGCUGGCUGGUCAAAUCAGAUCCCGCCUGGCACGACGAACCGGCACCAGCAGUAGCGGUAGCAGUAUCGUCGACUCGUCGUCGUUGACCCUGUCGCAGCAGAACCAUGCCAACAGUGGGGGCUCUGCUAAAUGAGAUACGAUAACGAUGGAGUCCGUGUUGGUGUACUAAGUCACAAAUCGCGUAGAAGAAGAUCAUCGCAUCUCUAUCUCGACGGCACACGUCUACCAAGGCGAUUGCGAGGACGGCGGCGUCUGCUGGGGUACGAUCCGAAUGAUAACGACUACGGCCGCCGUCGGACCACCACCACCAAUAACACCGGCGGACGAGCGGGCAGCUUGAAGGUGCUUUUUUACGGUUACUUUAACGAGCUGGUUUGGUUCUGCACCAGGCUCAACAAUGAGUUCUUGUUUAUGUUUGUUUUCCAACUGCUAUACGAACGUUGAAGCUGCUUCUGGGAAGCGAUCCAGACUAGUGAGUAUUACUAACUACAUAUUAUAGAGAGAGCGAGAGACACACACACACACGGGGCUCCAUCGGAGAUUUAAGUAGGCAAACA